UUCUCCCCGUCGCAUUACUUACUCUCCCGCUGGAACACACAAACACACACACACACAAACAUGUACACUUACUCUCCCGCUGGAACACACACACACACACACACACAAACAUGCACACUUACUCUCCCGCUGGUUCACGCCAAAACAAACCUCCCAGGCAGUGUUUGUUUCUUUGAAAGUAGCAAGUAGAGAAAAACAACAGGAGACAGACGAGAAGGAGAAAAUAAAUAGUCGCUGGAGGAAGAAGAGAAGAAAAUAAAAAAAGAGGAGAAGAUAAGAGAGGAGAAAAACCUGUCACUCAGAGUACAGUAGUUGUAUAGUAGACAUCACUUGGACCGGAAUUUUCCGCCACUCUCCCAGCCAAUCCGAUCGAGUGAGGGGAUUCUCACCGGGUAAGGGGGAGGAGACAGAGCACUGUUGUUGAUUGACAGCAGGAGGCCUAGAGGUGGAGCCACGGACGAAAGGAGAUAGAGAAGGUGGAGAGAGAGAGAGAGAGAGAGAAGAGCAGCAAGCAGCUACACUUUACACACCCUUUCCUUUUUCUUCCUUCUUUCUCUCUUUUCACUGUUUUUCUGCCUUGUCGAAUCCCCCAACACUCGCCAUUACCCCCACCUUGUGACUAUCACUAGCCACUACAGAGUCAAGAUGAGCCAUUGCAGGAAGAGAUGCAAGAGACAGCUGACUAAAGUGUUUCGCUUUUUCUACCGCUUCCUCACAGGGACACUCGAGAAAGACAGCGUAGAGGAUGACUUUGAGUUGUCCACUGUGUGCCAUCGACCAGAGGGGCUGGACAAACUACAGGAGCAGACCAAGUUCAACAAGAAGGAACUACAAGUUCUCUACAGGGGCUUCAAGAACGAGUGUCCGAGUGGAGUGGUGAAUGAGGAGUCCUUUAAAACCAUCUACUCCACAUUCUUCCCCCAGGGAGAUUCGGGUGCGUAUGCACAUUUCUUGUUUGAGGCCUUUGACACUAACAAGAAUGGAUCGGUUAGUUUCGAGGACUUUGUGUUUGGUCUGUCUAUCAUUCUGAGAGGAACGAUAAACGACCGGCUAAACUGGGCCUUCAACCUGUACGACCUGAACAAAGACGGCUGCAUCACCAAAGAGGAGAUGAUGGAUAUAAUGAAGUCUAUCUAUGAUAUGAUGGGGAAGUACACAUACCCCUGUAUGCAGGACGAGGCACCCAGGGAACACGUGGAGAGCUUUUUCCAGAAAAUGGAUCGUAAUAAUGAUGGUGUGGUCACUAUUGAUGAGUUCAUCGAGUCAUGCCAAAAGGAUGAGAACAUCAUGCAGUCCAUGCAGCUGUUCGACAAUGUCAUCUAGGAGCCUCUGACAUAGGAAAGUGGCUGGAGGACAGGGGAGGUGUGUGUGUGUGAGUGUGCACCACAGGAGGUUGGUGGCACCUUAACUGGGCAGGAAUGGCUUGUGGUGAUGGUUGUAGCGGAAUAAGUGGAAUGGUAUCAAAUACAUCCAACACAUGGUUUCCAUGUGUUUGAUGCCAUUACUUUUGCUCCUUAGCAGCCAUUAUUAUGAGCCGUCCUCCCCUCAGCAGCCUCCACUGGCAUG